ACGGGGACGUGCCAUGAAGGGGCGGGGCCUAGGCACGGCGAACGCGAGACAACACGACGGUCGGUAGCUCCGGAGUGCCGAGGUCUCAGAGAUCCCACCAUGCCGAUUCGCCGCUCAGUCAAUUCAUCCAACCAAGAGACGGCACCAAAAAGCCGGCCUGCUGAAAGCGAGAAGAAAGCAGAGCCCGACGCCAGCUCUGAGGAAUCUGCUUCCACUGGAGAGGAGCAAGAGACCGAAACGCCCCCAGCUACCUCCAGUGAGGCCGAGCUGCCCAAGGAGCAGGAGCCGGAGGCAGAGAAGAAGGAUGAAGGGCAGCUAACUGAGCAGAGCAAGAAAGAUAGGGAAAAGGAGCAAUCCAAAGAAAAAGAAAAGAAAGUGAAAAAGACCAUUCCAUCAUGGGCAACUCUGUCUGCCAGCCAGCUGGCCCGGGCACAGAAGCAAACACACAUGGCUUCCUCUUCUCGUCCCAAGAUGGACGCCAUUCUUACCGAGGCCAUCAAGGCUUGUUUCCAGAAGUCCGGCGCAUCUGCAGUUGCAAUUCGAAAGUACAUUAUCAGCAAAUACCCUUCCCUGGAGUUAGAAAGGAGAGGGUACCUGCUCAAGCAAGCCCUUAAGAGGGAGCUUCAGAGGGGAAUAAUUCGCCAGGUGAAGGGGAAGGGGGCUUCUGGCAGCUUUAUGGUCACGUCAAAUUCCGGGAAAUCGGCCCCCAAAGCCAGAGACAAAAAGAAGAGCAGCUCAGCCGUGAUAGCGGAACAAGUCAGUGUCAAGCUGGAAGACAUCUUGCCGUUGGCUUUUACCCGACUCUGUGAGCCCAAGGAAGCCUCUUACAGUUUGAUCAAGAAAUACGUGUCUCAGUAUUACCCCAAGCUGAAGGCUGACGUCAGGCCCCAGCUCCUGAAGAAUGCCCUGCAGAAAGCCGUAGAGAAAGGCCAGCUGGAGCAGAUCACCGGAAAGGGAGCUUCCGGUACAUUCCAGCUGAAGCGGGUCCUAAGUGGCGGUCCAUUUGAAGACGCCAUCCUCUCUGCCAUCACAGCCAUGAAUGAGCCUAAGACCUGUUCCACCACCGCCAUUAAGAAAUACGUGUUGGAGAACCAUCCAGGCGUGAACUCCAGCCUCCAGGUUCAUCUGCUGAAAAGGACUCUGCAGAAGUGUGAGAAGAAUGGCUGGUUGGAGCAGAUCUCUGGGAAGGGAUUCAGUGGUACCUACCAGCUCUCCUUCCCUUAUUACCCCAGCCCUUACGUGCUUUUCCCAGAAAAAGCAGAGAAGGAGGAUAACGAGUCUGAAGUGGAAGAAGAGCCUCCUCCAAAGCGAAGGAUGCAGAAGAAAGAAGCUCCCCCAAAAUCCAGACCCAGAGCCCCUCCCCCCAAACCCAAGAAACCUGCUCCGGCCCCUCGAGGGAAAGCAAAAGCUCCCCCGAAAAAGGCUCCCCAACCCCCUCCUCCAAAGGCUAAAAAGGGAAAGCCUGCCCCCCCUCCUCCCCCAGCCCCCAAGAAAGCAGCCGGUCGGACUUCCAAGAAACCGGCGCCAGUCAAAAAAGAAAAACCUGUGGCCAAGGCCAGCCCGAGGAAGUCCAUGCGCACGAGAAAGUGACCGAACAGCUGUAUAUACAACACCCCCCUUCAACGCACAAGAGAAAUGGCUCUAGGGGGGAAAUUUACAGGAAAAAAACUUUUCUAAGUUUAAUGCGUGUCUUCAUUUUAUCCUUUUCCUAUUUGUUUUCUGAAAAUGGUGCAACCUUAAGAGUUUUUGGUUUAGAUGUAGCUGCUGUGAAUCUGCCUGUCCCUGUCUGGCCUCAGACCAAAACCAGCAAAUCUCCUGAUCAUGCUUAUCGGCCCUUAGUUCGCUGCCCAUUUCGAUAGUUAAUGUCAGUGUUUAAACAUUUUAAUUUUUUUAUAUUUGUAGAGCUGAAAUUAGCAGUUUUUGGUGGCAGGAUUCAUGCCGUGUAUUCUGAGAGAAUCUGUUAGUGGCCCAUAAUCCAAAUUAAAGGCUUUUUUUGUAAUAAUUUGCUUUAUUGUGCUCCUGAUUAUUGCCGGCAUUACACUGUACUGUUUUGCCUGAGUUGUUAUUACUCUCCGAUCUAAACGCUGGCGCCAUUCGCUCGGUAGACCGUCAGAUGGGGCUGCCGCCGGCCGCCCUGUUGCUCGUUCCACGCAGGCCGGGUCAGUCUUCCUCCCGUUCUCCCGCACACCGGUCUGGUUCGCAGUAGAAGGCUGACAAGCGAUUAAUGCUUUUUUUUUGGGGGGGGGGGUAAUAUGAUGCAUCCUUUUAUGAUUUGGUUGGAAUCCAUGCCAGUCCAGAAGAAAUGUAUCUUGACCUGGGUUCUCUCGUGUGUAUUAAGGUCGGGCUUUUUACGCAUUAGCCACUUGCCGCGGCCCCUCUCACUGCUACUAACCCGCGGCGGCGGAUCCCUGUAGCAUGUUGUACAGAAAUUAAAGUAGAAAAUGUGUGUUUCUUUUUUAAGCCAAUUGUGUCUAUUUUAAUUUGCCAUUUUGUAAAGAUCUGAGUGAGGACAGCAAUGUGAACUGAUGGAUAUUCUGUUUGCUACAAUAAAAGAACUAGAUUCUG